CACACACACACACACACACACACACACAACAUGUUGUCCUAAUCCGGAGUGUGUGUGAGUGUUUAAAGCCUCGGAGUAGAUCGGAGCCCUGGAGGAACACACAGUUUAAUCCCGAGCUGAGGCCAUGCUGAGUCAUCUCUCUCUCAGUCUGAUCUGUGUGUUGGGACUCCUAAACACACGCACACAAGGAAUCGAACAUGAUAUGGGGCUCGUCACAUCAGGUCCACUCGUGUCUCCUCACUUUACUGGAUGUCGUUCAAGGGAGUUGGUGACGUUCUGGUGUCGAUGGAGUUCUGGAAGUUUCUCUAACCUUAGUGAACCAGGAGCACUCGCUCUUUUCUUCCAGAUGAAAAUAAUUAACCCCAGUGAGUGGCAGGAGUGUCCUGAAUACACACCCUCUGUACAGAAUGAGUGUUUCUUCAACAGAGACUUCACACGAAUCUGGACAAUAUACUGCAUCCAGCUGCGCUCAACUUUACACACACACAAUAUCACAUAUGAUGAGCAGUGUUUCAACGUGGAGAACAUUGUGUACCCUGACCCCCCCAUCAGUCUGAACUGGACGCUGCUGAACAUCAGUCGUUCAAGGUUGCACUUUGACAUCAUGGUGCAUUGGGCUCCGCCCCCUUCGGCAGAGGUGCACACGGGUUGGAUGAAUCUGAAAUAUGAAGUUCAUUAUCGUGUGCAAAACUCCUCCCACUGGGACAAGUUGGAUUUGGAGAGCGGGACGCAGCAGUCUAUCUACGGCCUCCACACGGGGAAACACUAUGAGGUGCGAGUUCGCUGUACGAUGUCUGCCUUCAAAAACUUCGGAGAUUUCAGUGACAGUGUCUUUAUUCACAUCCCAUCAACACUGGUGCAAGAAUCGAUGUACCCCAUUAGGCUGUUGCUGAUUGUAGGUGUUGUUUUGCUGCUGAUCUUCCUCAUCUUUAUCCUCAUCUCACAACAGCAGAGGUUGAUGGUGAUUUUGCUUCCUCCUGUUCCAGCACCUAAAAUUAAAGGGAUCGAUCCUGAGCUUUUAAAGAAAGGGAGACUGGAUGAGCUGAACUCUCUCCUCAGCAGUCAGCAUGUGUACAAACCCAACUUGUAUCCUGACGAUUCGUGGGUGGAGUUUAUUCAGAUCGAUUUGGACGACGUGGUGGAGAAAAACAACGCCUCAGACAAGCAGCGUCUGCUCGUCCCCUCUCAUCACGGCUCUACCCGCUGCCUAGGCUCCGCCCACAAAGGCGCCGCAGAUUCCGGUCUUCAGCUGGACCAUGACAGGGAAGAGCGCCACCCUCUGGUCAGCAGGAGCAACUCCACACCGACUUUGAAAAUGCAAAACGAGAAUCAAACUCACUCCGACCAUAAUGAUGGUAAUACGUGGAUGAACAUGGACUUUUACGCGCAGGUGAGUGACGUGACACCUGCGGGGGGGGUGGUCCUAACCCCCGAGCAACAGAACAGCACACUGAGCAAGAAGAAGGGUGACGAAAAAGAAGAAGAGAAGAAGAAGGAUAUCCAGCUGAUGGUGCUCGACCCUGGUGGAGGAUAUUCAUCUGAGAACGCUGCAGGCCACGUCGUCCCUGAGUCACCAUCCAAUCAGGAUCCGGAUCAGCCUUAUCACGUUCUUCAUCCUGAUGUCAAAGAAGAAAGAUGGGAAUCUUCCUAUAUCUUAGAGGCUCCUCCUCCUCCCUCUGUACUUCCGCCUCUUCCUGACUACACUGUCGUACAGGAAGUGGACGAGCAGCACAGCCUCCUUCUCAAUCCUACUCCCGAACCUCAGCUGCCAUCUUGCCCUCAGAAUCCGACCAAGUGCCCCCCAAACCAGCCCGUGGGGUAUCUGACACCAGAGCUGCUGGAGAACUUCAGCCCAUGAGUGUGUGUCACUGAUACACACUCAGCCUCCAAAUACACACGUUCAGAACCACCACAUCAGACCUGCAUCAGUCUGAACAUCAGCCAUGUGUUUAAUGGGGUGUGUGGUGAUGUGUACAUGCAUGUCAUGAAGAAAUAAUACCAA